AUGGCGUCUCCUCGUCAAACUAGAGAGGAGACGCUAACCGAUUUCGAGAACAGUUUUCGAGAUCUCAUCCACACGUUCAGGAAGCAGGUGGAUGCAGAGUUGAAGUACGUCAGAAAAGCCCGGUCGCUGAGGUGGCCUUGGGCGGCCGCCCCAGCGGCCACGUACAAACAUCUGCAACUGAUUAGAAGAGAGAGCUUCAGUGGGGAUAGCUCUAAUCUGGAGAGCCUGCUGCAACAGCUGAAGGACCGAUCGGUCGGCUUGCUUCAUCUGGUCGAAGAAGCCAAUCACGAACUAAGGAAACUCCUCCUAAUCGAGCUACCCUACGAAAUUGAUGAUUUCAUCGACGUCAUAAUCUGGAAGGGGAGCGUUAAGAAAUCGGGUGCUUUCAAGGUCACGAGCCUUGGCUAUGGCCGUGCUAGGUGGAGGAGACUAGAACUGGAAAUCCAAUCGGUUCUCGAGCGUCUUGCACAGCACGAUGUGGCUUCUCCUCAUUCGCCGAAAGCAGUCUCGCCGAGUCGUACUACUGUUUUGAUGGAAGAAGAUAAUAAAUUCCUGGUGCCGGAUCAGAAGGAAGUAAUAAAACGACGACUACUACUUUCAGAUAGCAGUAGUAGUAGUAGCAGUAGUAGUAGUGGGCCCCCCAUCGUUGUAGUGUGGGGUCCAGGGGGCAUGGGCAAGACUAGUCUUGUGAAGAAAUUGUACAAUGAAGAUAUUGAAAUUCGUCGACAGUUUGUGUGUUUCGCUUGGGUGGAAAUGCCAGAGGACUUCCAAGCAGGAAACGUCAUGCAGUCGAUACUAGAGCAGCUAGUGCCGAGCAUGUCAAAGAAACGGGUCGCGGAGAUGUCGGUUGUGGAGCUGAUUGGGGAACUCCACAACGUGCAGAAACAGAAGAAAUGCCUGAUUGUGUUGUCCGGUGUACAGAGGAAGGAGAACUGGGGAAUGCUGACCGUGGCUUUCCCGACGGCCGAACAUUGCACCCAAAGCAAAAUUUUGCUGACGACCGAUCAACGCGAUUUUGCACAAGAGAUUGGUGAAGCUCACCAUAUUAAACCCUUGCACGAGAAAGAAAGCUGGGAACUAUUUAUGAGCAAAACAGAGAUCAUAUUCGACGAAAACACGAAGAAGACAAUGAUGAACAUAGUAAGUCUAUGCAAAGGCUCGAGGCUGGCGAUAGCGAUUCUCACGGGAUAUUUCAACAGCAUCGAUAUAAGCUUAUCCGAUUGGGAUAGCCAGUUUGCUGAUGAUCUAAAGUCUCAUCUAAGAGAGGAAGAGAACGAUCUCGAGCAAAUCGUGCGAGAUGUAGUAGAUUUUAGUUACUCUAAGCUAAGCCACGAAAUCCAGGAUUGUUUUCUUUAUCUUGGUCAUUUCCCCGUCGAACGAGAGAUACAAGUCGAUGAUCUCUACAUCAUGUGGAUCGACGAAGGACUGAUAUCGCCACAAAGUGACGAGGAUCCGAUGCAGGUUGCACAACGUUAUUUAGAGGAAUUAUUUCAAAAGAAUCUCGUCCAAGCGGUGGACGAAGAAGAAGAAGAUGGCCGGAGAUCCAAAUCAUGCAAGCUUCAUCCCCUUGUACGAGAAUUUUGCAUUGUCGAAGCAGAAAAGGAAGAACUAUAUAAGGUCAUUCCGAGUCGUGGAAAUCGAGUUGGAUCGGUUAGGUCUUUGGUCCGUCGACUUUCAAUAAAUACCAAGAGCUACGAAGAUGGAUCUUCCUCCAGAGAAUGCGCCAAAGCCAGCCCUCGUCUACGGUCUCUGUUCGUUUUCGGGACGUUCGAGCCACAACCGGAUAUUGGGGAGCUGGAAUUGCUGAGGGUUUUGGAGUUCAACGGGGUUGACUUCCGCGGGUGGGACCUACCGAAAGGGAUUGGCGGGGAGCUGAUAUGUUUGAGGUACCUGAGUUUCAAGAGGUGCUACCUGGAAAAGUUGCCUGCGUCUAUUGGUGAGUUAACUCACCUCAAGACCCUCGAUUUACGAGUGGAGGCAGGUUGCGUGGUGAGCAUACCUAAUGUCCUGUGGAAACUGAGGGAGCUCAAGCGACUUUAUCUUCCGGCGAGAUUUGAGUGUGUAGUUGUCGUCGAUGAUAAGAUUGGGAGCGGCAGGUUGAGUUUGAGGGGCUUGAAAGAUCUCGAAGUUCUAGUCAACUUCAAUACGCUCGUAUGCGAUGCUCUCGAUUUGGGUGUGAUGAAGAAACUCCAGCACGUUGGUGCUAUUGUAGAGGAGAACCACAAGCACUUGGAGAUAAUCUUGGAAUUCGCCAAAGUGGUUUUCACCGCAUUGCGUUAUUUCUCGAUUGACGUUGUGAACUUCAAUUGUUUUCACGAGGAGAAACGGUCCGUCCUGGCCAAACUGUUGGAUUCCCGGCGUGUCAGCUCGUUGCGGUUGGAAGGAUAUAUAAAGAAAUUGCCGGUACAUCACAUGAGAUCAAUCCAAAACCUGACGGAAAUCGUGCUAAGUGGCGCUGAGCUGGAAGAUGAUCCAAUGCCGGUAUUUGGAGAGAUCCCGAACCUGAGAAGCCUCACCCUCAGCAACGACGCGUGUGUUAGGAAGAAAAUGGAUUGCCUCGAGACGGGUUUUUCGCAACUCAGAACCCUCAAACUUAAGAACCUUCGCAACUUAGAAGUGUGGGAUGUUGAAGAAGGAACGAUGCCGCAACUAAUGAGCUUAUCGGUUAAUAAUUGUGGGAAAUUGACGAUGUUGCCCGUUGGAUUAAAAUAUCUGAAUGCACUACGAGAGCUGAAGGUUGUGUCGAUGCCUAAAGAAUUCGAGAAGAGGGUACAAGUGGUGGAAGGAAUAGAAGGUGAAGAUGUUUGCAAGGUCAAUCACGUUCUUCGUAUCGUCAUCGUCAGCUCCACGUAA